AUGUUGAAUUGCAAAUCUGUUUGCACUCCAUUGGUUGUGAAUGAAAAAUUGAUGAAAGAAGAUGGAAAUAAAGAAGCGGAUUCAUCUCUCUAUAGAAGCUUGGUUGGAAGUCUAUUAUAUUUGACAUCUUCAAGACCCAACAUCAUGUAUGCUACAAGCUUAUUAUCUCGGUUUAUGCACAAUCCAAGUCAAAUUCAUGUUGGGGCUGCAAAGAGGUUGUUGAGAUAUAUACAAGGUACACUUGAUUUUGGCAUCUUGUAUGAUAAAAAUGUUAAUGCAAAGUUGUUUGGUUUUUGUGAUAGUGAUUGGGCCGGAUGUGUUAAUGAUAUGAGAAGUACUUCCGGUUAUGCAUUCUCUUUUGGUUCGGGUGUAUUUUUAUGGGCAUCUAAAAAGCAAGAAAUAGUGGCGCAAUCUUCUGCCGAGGUUGAGUAUAUUUCAGCAUCAUUGGCAGUGUCACUAGUAAUAUGGCUAAGGAGAAUUUUUGAAGAUGUUGGUGAGAAGUAA